AUGCCUCCCCUGCCUCCCGUUCACACCAGAACGAUCGAGGUUGGACAAGACUUCCUGCCCGCCCCGGCCACGCGCCUCGUCGUCACGCAGUACCUGGAGACGAGCCAGGACCCGCUCUACUGGGCUCUGAUUGUCGUGGGGGCCUUUUUCGACGACGAGGACCGGAUCGUCUGGAGCAGCGAGGUGUUCGUCGGCCACCUCGACGUCCAGCUCGAGUCCGACGAUUCCAGCGAGGGCAGCGAGGAAGCCUCCUGGACAACGGAGCAGUUUGUGCGCACGCCGAGCCCCGCGCCCUCCCUGCGUCUUGAGCGUGACGCGCGCGAUAUCGGUGGCGAGGCUGCGUCCAUCACGUCAGCCGGGCUCUCUGGGACGCCGCCCAUUGCUCAACCUCGCUUUCCCCAAGCUUCCCACGGCCCAGCAUCGUUCCAACCCGCAGAGAUUCCACCGACGCCCCUCUUCUGGCCGGCUCCCGUCCGGUACAUUGAGCCCCCGACGUCGUGGGAUCCGACACGCCAGGGACCCGUCCCCGGCCACUGGCAGGCGUCCUACGACUACGCUGCCGACCGCUGGGUGCACACCUGGCAGCCGUUUCCGCUUGAUUCCUCGACCGACCGUGCCCCUGGCAGGCGUUUUCUUUAG